AUGGAGACAGUCUCUGGGUCCUCCAUACUCAACCUAUUCCCAGACGAUAAGAAGACUACACGGUUGGCGAUCAAACUUGAAGCUGUUUCCAACUUUAGGAAUCUAGGUGGUAUGCCCAUAGAAGGUUCAAGUGGCAAUUUAGUCAUUAGACCUCACGUUAUCAAUAGAUCAGCUUCACCAACCAAUGCCACUGUGAGCGAUGAGUUUUGGCUACUACACGUACUGUCCAUCAAGACAUUGAUCGAUCUGCGAACUACAUGGGAGAACAAGACUAUAUCUCCUGUUAGGAAAUUCGAAGACAACUUUGUACAGUUCUCCAUCAAGGAGGACAAGGAGAAGGAGGGUCGAGGAUCUCCUGCAACAUCCCCAACUGCAGAGAGGAGAAGUCCCUCUCCAAGUAGAGAGCAGAUGCUGAGUGCCUCGUUCGACCCCAAUAGGUCGUCCAGAGUCAAUGGCCAGCAACAGCAGCAACAGCAACAGCAACAGCCUAGACGAUUCAGUUCUGGCCAAAUAGACACAAAGCAUGAUACAACCAGUGAGGCAACAGGCAAUGGAGCAAGUGGACUGGUUGUCAGCACUGGUAGCAACAGCAGCAGUGGCAGUAGUAGUAGCAGCAGUAGCAGCAAUGGUGAUGCCGUUCCCACAAUUCAAGUUCCAACAGAGAGAGAAUUGUUUGAAUUGGAGAUGGAGGAACAGAGGAAUGGAUUCCUUUGGAGGAUAUACAACAGAAACGAGGAUAUGGAGCGACUGAGAUCACAUUCACCUGGAGUAUACAGGAACAGAUAUUGUAUUCCACUAAUCAACAACCAGUUCUUUUUGGAGGGCGUUUAUCAAACUGCCUCUAACGAAACCAAGGUCAAGGUGACAGUGUCAAGAUACUUGUUGUUUAACGACAAGGUUGGAGCAUUCAUGUUGAUGAAUCACUUGAACGAGUUGGGAAUACUUGGAAUGUAUCGACUGACACUACUGUACACCCAAGAGGAACUGCUGACUAUAUUAAGGAUUAUGAAGAACAAGGACAACUACCCUAUCAUGUAUUUCUGUUCACUGGGCAAAGACCGCACUGGAAUGGUGACGGCAAUUCUACUCUCAUGUCUUGGCGUACCCCGCGAUAUUAUUGUCGCCGACUAUGCCAAGUCCGAGGGCAACCUCACUGCACACCUUGAGCAGAUCAAAAAGUACUUCAACCGUGUCGGUUUGGCCAAGGACGAGUUUGUUCGAUCCCCACCAGAGAUCAUGGAUGGUCUGCUAAGUUGGCUGGUGGAGACAUUUGGCUCAAUAGCCAACUAUCUUGAGGUGAUUGGAUUCAAGAAAGAGGAACAAGAACAGCUGCGCAACAACCUGAUCGUCACUAAAGAGGAGUACAACCAACUGGUGAGUCUAUCACAUCUCACCAAUCUCACAGACCUACAAAAGCGACACGACGACUAUGUGAGCAGCCAAUCCAACCGAAGGACCUCUGCCAACCCAUUCAAGGAUUCAAGACUCUGGAGGAGACAGAACAAGGAGGAGCGAGGUGCUGCAAAUUUAUUCUACCCCAGGGACAAGAUCCGAACAUAUGGGAGUUCAAAGUUACAGGACAACGGAACUGUUGUUGGUGACAAAUUUAUUCUGCAGAAGAUCGAUGGCAUUCUAGAAUGA